CCAGCUGUGUCCGUGCCUGCCCUACAAUCGGCUAAUAAUAGUGACUUAGUGUGUGCAUCGCAGGGAGAGGUUCGCCGAGCAGACAACAUGUCGGGUCGUGGUGGUAAAAAGAAACAGAAGAUAAUGUCGAGAUCUGCUCGAUCCGGGGUUCUUUUCCCAGUUGCCCGAAUGCUCCGCUACUUGAAGCGAGACACUCAUCACUUCCGUAUCGGGGCCGGAGCCCCCGUUUACAUGGCUGCCGUCAUCGAGUAUCUCACUGCUGAAAUCCUGGAGUUGGCUGGCAACGCGGCACGAGACAACAGGAAAGGGCGGGUAACUCCCCGACAUAUCCUCUUGGCAGUUGCCAAUGAUGAAGAACUGCACCAGUUGCUGAAGCACGUGACUAUUGCCGCAGGAGGCGUUUUACCAAAGAUACUUCCCGAGUUGAUAGGGAGGAAGAAGGGCAACAAGUUCCCCAACACCCUCCUCUCCAAACCUGUCGCAGCAGCUCCUCCCAAACCCAAGAAAGUAGUCAACAGCCCAAGUUCCUCCCCCAGUGCCAAAGUGGUGAAGAAACCUUCACCAAAGAAAGUUAGUGUUGUGUCAGUCAAAGGCAAGCCAAGCAAGGUCAAGGGAGGAAAGGUCAAGGUGAAUGCAGGGGACAGCACCAACACCAAGAUCGGCACCACUGACGCCAGCGGAUUUACCAUCCUGUCUGAGAAGAAACUCUUCCUGGGACAGAAGAUGACCGUGCUCCAGGGCGACAUCGUAAAGAUGACUGCUGAUGCCAUUGUCCACCCCACCAACUCCACAUACCACAUGGGUGGGGAAGUAGGUCAGGCAAUGGAGAAGGCUGGAGGAAAGGAAUUCCGUCAGGAGAUAGACAACCUUCAAACAGCCCACGGACCCAUUGAUACUGCAGGGGCUGUGAUCAGUCAAGGCUUCCACUUCCCAGCAAAGUAUGUUAUCCAUUGUAACGGCCCCACGUGGAAAAUGGAUAACCCGCAGCAAUUGCUGGAAAAAGCAGUCAAGAACUGUCUAACUUUGGCUGAUGAGAAAAACCUGAAAAGUCUGGCGUUCCCUUCUGUUGGAAGUGGACGUGCUGGCUUCCCGAAACAGACGGCAGCUCAGAUCAUCCUCCGUGCUAUCAGCAACUACUUCAUGACAGUGAUGACGAGCUCGCUGAAGCAGAUCUACUUCGUACUCUAUGACAUGGAGAGCAUUGGCAUAUACACCAGUGAAUUGGCGCGACUAGACUCCUAAUGUGCCAGUCAUGUCUUCAUUUCUUCAUCUUCUUGAAUGAAUCAUCUGACCUGUUUGCCUGGAUAGAUCAUUAACAUAUUUACAUCUCCACAACAAAUAGCUGAAGCUACAUGCUGUUUGGUUGUUGAUGAAACGAUACAGUGUACACACUGUUAAUGUGCUUUUUCAAUGACUAUGCAGAUCACAAUUCUCACAUUCAAGUUUUUCAUUUUAAACAUCUGCUUAAUAUACUGAACAAAAAAAUUAGGGAUCAUGAAUUUCAUCUUUAGUUAAUUGUGGGCUCACUUUCCUCAACUACAACGGGGUGGUGGGGUAGCCAAGUGGUUAAAGCAUUCGCUCACCACGCCGAAGACCUGGGUUCGAUUUCCCACAUAUGUACAAUGUGUGAAGCCGAUUUCUGGUAUCCCCUACCAUGAUAUUGCUGGAAUAUUGCCAAAAGCAGCGUAAAACUAAACUCACACACACUCCUCUACUAAAACAUAUCCCCGAACAGUAUAUGAUCCUGAAUUAUUUUUGUUUGGUAUAUAUCAACAAAUUUUAUGCAUUUGUGUUCGAUCACAGGGACUGUGUGUCAUCAUCAUCAUCAUCAUGACAUACGCCAUACUGUAUGUAGUCAAUCCAAGCACUCAUCUUCUAAAGAUCUCUAUCCAGGCAAGCAGAUCUGUCCUCAGACUGUGUUCAUGUAAAAUUUGUGUGAGUGAAAUUGAGGCCACACUUGCAAGGUCAAGGUCAUUAUAAAAUAUUUGAAGUUCCUGUUGCACUUUCAUACAACUUAUUCCAGUUAAAGACAUAAAACAAAUUAAAGAUUGGGUUAUUCAGUGGAGGAUAUUAAUGAUGUAUUUACGUGAGAGAAAAGUGAACAAUUAGUUUGAGUUAUAUAUGAAGACCUAAAUAUGUGAAGUUUAUUUUUACGAAUUUAUUAUAUACAAAUAAUUAUGUUAUUUAUGUCUUAAUAAGAUUAUUAAGAGGAAAAUAUUUUGAUUGUCUUAAGAAAUCUUUAUCUAUGUUUAAUGUGACCUUGAUCAUCUAAAUGUGGAUUUAUCGAGCUGUUUCUGUGCUUUCGACAAUUUUCUGAAGGGCAGCCUGUUAGUUAGGUUCUUUGAGAGGGAGACUCAUUUAGUUCAUUUUACGCCCAAUGUAAUCUGUUUUGGCGAAUGAUUGAGACUGGUUAUUGUCUGGCGUUGAUGUUUUAUAUUUACCCUGUACUAAUAUCAGUGUAAUAAUUCAUGCACUUGGUGGCUGCUUCCUCUCACGCACUGCAAACCAUGGCAUAGCCAUGUGCUAGCUUUAGUUCCACACAUAUGUUGUCAGUGUUUCACAUUAUCAUGAAAACAAAUGCAUCAUUGUCAUGCGAUUGCCCAGUACAACUGUUAUUUUAACAUUGAUCUUGCAUUCGAACAUUCUAGUUUGCUAAUUUGCUCAUUUGAGGGUGUAAUCAAGAGGUACUGCUUUCACUUUUUAGGGUAUGUCACUGUUGUUGGGGGUUGUUAUUAUUUUAGGGGGGGGUGUCUUAAGAUCGUUUUUGUAUCAGAUUUCUGAUAAUGUGUUCAAGAUUUCCUGUUUUACUGAAAGAUUGUCUUUAUCAUAUAUCUAAUGAGUUUUUUAACAUGCUACAAACAUGAAGCGAGGGAACUAAUGAUUUGAACGUAGCUUUUAUCGAGGUAAACAUUUACGAAACUGUCGUAGCAUCUGAAUGCAACAUCUAAUCACAAUCAGAUUUCACAUCCUGCAUUAACAGUGUAUGAUACAUACAGAAGCCAGACUGUGUGCUUAUAGAGGAAAUCACAGUCACUUAUGCAUUUGAACUUUGCCCAUGAUGAAGAAUGUCUACGAGUAAGGAUGUGGCCCUUACAGGCUACCAUAGUUGGCAAAGGUGGGUUUGGCAUCACCAGGGAUGUGCCAUGUGUUUAACCAUGUUUUCAGAUGAAUCAGGGUUUUGUUUCUGAUACGAAGAUAACAGAAAAUCUUGCUGCGUCUGUUCCAUUCGCUGAAAUUAUUAACAGAAAUUUUGAACUGCAACUGAUUAUCUAGGUAUUUGGACAUUAAACUGGCCCUCUAAGUCUCGUCACAUUCCCCCAAUAGGGCAUCUGCUCUUCAAGCAGAGAGUGCCAAGCCCAUCCCAAUCCAACUAUGGUAAGCUGUUAGGGCCACACCUUUGUUUAGAGGCAAAUCUGUUUCCUGGAGAUUCAGAAUCCAUUGACAUGGUCCAACUUCGGGAAGCUCUUCAGGCAGGGAGGCGUGUUAUACCCAGGGCAACCAUAGGCAACCAUAGGCAACCAACAGCAUGCCAUUAAGAUUUCAUUUAGUGUAUGAAAUAAGCCAAAAAUCCAGCCAAAAAUGGAAUAUAACCAGACCAAAUAUGGUGAAUUUACUCAGAUGUAUGGAACAUCUAAAAAAUUUGACCAGACCAUCGGGCUGGCUAGCUGUAAAUUUUGACCGUCCAUCAGAAAUCUAGACUGUCUCGGGCGGUCAGAUGGGCCUUAUUUCUUACACUGUUUCAUUCAAGUAUUGCCCAACAUAAUGGACAAACCAGAUAUUGAUCUACAUGCCUGAAAUAUAUUUCACCCACAUUUGUCAUCAUUACAUGUUCCCUAUCAUUUCAUCAGUUCCCUUAUCUUUUUUCAGUAAGAUAUCCAAAAUAUCAAAAUAUUCAAAAUUUUCUUUCUGAAAAAAGAUAAAACUCAAAAAUAACAAUUUCUACUUUUUAUAGUUUCCAAUACAUGUAUGUCUUAAAUAAUUUUUGAGAUUGUAUCGGUUAAAGAUUUUAUAAGGAAUUAAGACAAAUUAAGGUAUCGAAAGCCAUAUGCUAAUUAUUUAAUAUUUUGAGAUGUCACUUGUUGUCAGGAUAACGCAAUGUGGACAUUAUUUCUUCAUUUUAGGUGCAAUUUUGUUUCCGUGAACACCACCACUGCCAAUACAUGCAGCAAAACUAUCACAUUACACAUUAUGUAACUUUCAUUAAGGGCUUAGUAAUCAGGUGAAACCUUUUACGUCAUCAGGGUUUGUUUUGUCCCAAUGCUGCUGACUAUUUGGUUCUUACGACCUUCAUCUGAGUUGUCAUCCUCGACCUUCCAGGGUAUACCUCCAGUCUAUUGUCAGUCAUGCCCGGGAACCCUCGCUAGCUUUAUUUAAGAAGUGACGUCGUCAGUGUUCAAUAACUUUGCGCAGAGUUCUUCUCACAAUGCUCGCAGAUGAAAUUUUAUUGGAUGGCUGUAUUUUGUAUCGCGUAUCUAGAAUCAGACGAGACGUUAUUAUGUCGAGCUUGAGAUUUUCCCAUACAGUUCUCAGGUCCAUAUUUGCUGUAUAGGUCCUUUGCCCUACAACCAUAUUGCUGAACAGCUUCCAGUUUCAUAUUAGGUUUACAUGAAUGACAAGUUACAAAAUUCCUGGAUAAAUAUUUCCUAUGUCUUAUCAUUAUGGAGGGGUGGAGGCAGACAGUGGUAAGAGUGUUUGCUUGUCAUGCCAAAAGUCCAGGUUCAGUUCCCACAUGGGUACAAUAUGUAAAGUUUAUAUUUCUGGUGUCUACUGAUAUUGAAGGAUUAUUAAGCAGUGUAAAACACUACUCAUAUGUCAUCAGUUAUCUAGAUUAGUGUGUAAUUGCUUUAAUUGAAUGAAUCAAAAUAAGUGAUAAAUAGUUUUUCAAAAUGUUCACAACCCAUGACCAUGUUUCGUUCUUUUUUAUUAAAAUUGGUUAUCCAUGUCAGUAGAAUUUUACAUUUCCAGGCAUAUUUGUUUGUUUGGCAUAAGUAAGCGGAAAUGGACAAAAGUUUCGGUAAAUCUAAAAUCAGAACUGGAACUGGAACUGUUCUGCUUCAGACCAUCCUUUCUACUGGUGUAUCGCUAAAAUAGCUUAUAGUGUAUUAUGAGCAGCUGUAUGCUAUAAUUGUGCAACAAUUAUCAGUGUAAUUAGUCACCUCUGUUCAGUGAAGGAACCGACCAUUUUAUAAUCUGGGAAGACUGUGAGGUAUGUUUCAGACAAAAUAUUUUGCCAUCAAAAAUAGUUUGCUGUGGAAGGAUGGGGCAAACAACUUUUUGAUAACACAUUAGGACAGCAAAAUGCCAUGCGAGCAAAUAAUUAACAAAAUUAUUGAUUAUCAAAAUUAUUUUUAUCCAGUAUUUUUUUUUUUCAAAUCCCAUAGCUCCCCAGGAUAUGGAAUGAAUGGUUCCUGAACUCCAAUAUUGAGAUAGUCUUGUAUUUAAUGACUGUGUUACGAUAGUGUCUACUGUAGAGGACUGCAUGUGUCUUUAUUUAUUUGUUGAGGUGAAUGAACAAUCUAGUGACCGAGCGGCACGAAUGUGUAUUCCAUCCCACAUGUUGUAUAUCACCCAUAUCUACCAUCGUCAAUCAUUACUCCAUGCAAGGCGAUAAUCAUGUGCCACAUUAACAUAUAUAUAUCCAUGCAUUAUCCUCUAUGGGGCGCCGACUCAGCGACUUCAUCCUCCACACUUGCCAAAGCUGUACGUCAGUAUCACUGCAGGAUCAAUACGUCAGAUGGUUUAAGUUUCUUUAAUGAUUUAAAUUUAAUAUUUUGGACCCUGGUUAAUCUGGACACUCAAUCUGGCAAAUCCAUUUUCCAGAUUGUGACUGUUACCAAUGUCUCUGUAUAAUUUAAGGAGUAUUCUCCGAGACUAGUUUCCCUGGAGAUGGUAUUUCAGAAAUUUUGACCAUCCUGAUUAAAAAGGUUUGGAUUGUGUUGGUGUGCGACGACUAUUGGCAGUGUGUUGGAUACAGAAGCUGUCUCGUUGCCCCCGUCAUCCUAGCCCAGUCCUGACAAACACUGUUGUGCCAAUGUAAGAUGAAGAUGUGCACUCUCUUUAUAAUUACAUCUUUACUUCAAAUGAUACCUCUACAUGAAGAUCAGACUCCCAAGAACUAAACCGUCCUACAGCAUCAAAGCUUCUAAAUUCUUGGUAAACAAAUCAUUCAGACGAAAUAUUUGAUGUCUGUAUUUUGAAAAUGAAUAUAAACAUCCAGUUUCAAAUAAUAGUGGCUGUAAAAUUGCGGUUGUGGAUAUAUAUAUUCUCUGUCUUUUCUGAUGCCAUGGCAUCUACACCAGCUAAUGAAAAUUUCUGUUGGUUACAUGACCAAAAUUUCUGAAUCAAAAUGGUAGAGAAUUGAAAUUAUGAAUAAAGUUAUGGAUUAAAAAAUGUUCGGCUGAAGAACCAUCCUUCAUUUAGAUUGGGAGGUGAUAGCGACUCAGCCUUCAUCUGACAAUCUGUGGAAGGGGGCGGUCAGGUACCCUAGUGGUUAAAGCGUUCGCUCGUCACGGGAUUUCUGGUGUCCCCCUGCUGAGAUAUUGCUGGAAUAUUGCUAAAAGCGGCGUAAAACUAAACUCACUCACUCACUCAAUCUGUGGAAGGGUUGUCUGACCUUCACCCUAAGGUAUCAUGUUGGAGUAAAUAAUCCGACUUCAGUGGAGUGCCGCAUUUGUAGUCUACAUUGGCAACAGGAUGGCAAAAAACUUGUACAUUAACUAUACACAUGAGCAAGUUUUAUGGGGGCCAUGGUUUUAUUGGACCACCAGUUACAUGAUAAGGUUUGUGUUUUCCGACUGCAAGAUACUGAUAUUAACAUGAUUAAUGCAUCUGACUAAUCAAGUCAAAGAUUGAUGAAUUAAUUGCACACGAGAUGAGUUAGCAAAUAACGUGUUCAGUAGUGUUCUUUUAUAUAAUAGAUGAUUUGGUCUUUCAUUCAUUUAUCAAUUUUCACUUUAAUUUUACAUAAGAACAAAAUGUUGUACAACAUUAUUUCCAGUUUAUAUACUUAUCUAAACCUUUUGUUGCUGGUAGAUUUGCAUCUUCAUUAUGCACGGUUUACAUUUUGCUAAUCUGCACCAAACUCUGAUCCACUCCUGAUAUUCUCUAAUCUCAAAUUACCUAUAUUUUCAGUAUCCAAUAUGCUAAUCUCCUCUCUACCAACCAAUCAGAGUGCAAGAUACAAACCAGCCUUUAUUUUUUAUUGUCAAUAUCAACGUCAUGGAGGCCAAUCCCAUUAAUUGGAAAAGUGUGAAUUAGAUAAAUUGAACUGAAAACCUGAGCGACAUGCUAUAGAAAGCCUUAAAAAGGUUUCGAUGGGAAGGAUGAAUUUGUGUCCAUUUAAUUUGGCAGUGGGAAGUGCCUUACCAUGUCCUUGCUGGUCUUAAUGAUUGAUUGGUCGGUAAAAUGUUUAUGAAAAUCAAGGGCAGAUAAUUUGAGAUUGGACGAACCACAUGAAUGAAUCCAGGGACCCUAUCCAGAAAGCUUUCAUAGCACUACCACACAUAAGCCAAUGAUGUAGCAUAGAGCUACGAUAGGUCAUAACAUUACAAACUCUUUGUGAAUCCGGACCCGGUGUUUUUACCAAAAUGUGAGCCCUGAAGAUACAGAAGAUUGUAGAUUUGUUGCAUCUAUUAUUAUUUCAUGUUUUUUCAACCUCUCAAAUAAGGAUCAACAGGAAUUUGGGAAAUAUCUUGAGAACAUGCAUCUUAACCACCAACAAAAUGGACCACAGUUUUUCAGCUCACCUAACAGAAAAUCAUCUGAGCUCCUGUUGGCCUGUUUGUCAUCCAUCAUAAUUUUCAUCAGAUACCACUGGACCAAUGAAGCUGAAAUUUCACAUUCUUGUUUUCACAAAUGAUGACUCAAAUAAUCUGCAACAGCAACCAUUUUGAAAACUCUUCUUGUGUUGAAAUGUAAUUUUGACCUCCAUUUUACCUUGCUUUUAAAAUUCUCUCAAAGGGCACAUUUUAUGUGGGAGCUGAACUUAAGCAUGUUUUGCCUUAUGAAGGGAUCAUAUUUUGUUCAAGCCAUUAAAGUGUAAGUUUUUAGUUUUUCGGUAUUUGAGCAGAUGUGUUUUUAACAUCCGUUUAGACAGAAGAAUGAUUUUAAAGGUCUGUUUUUGUUCACACUCGAAACUGUUUGCGACAUGUAGAUGAGCUACAGCUGUGUGGCAGUUAUAGUUCUUACCCCUCAGAGUACUGACUAGACCAUGAGUCAUGUGAAAGUUGGUCAGACAGACAAAAGUACAAGAUAUUUCACAAAACAUAUAUCUGUGUUUGAAUUGUAUUCUCGUCUCUCAUUACCAGUAGAGAGAGUGUUGUACAGUAUGGACUCGUUACUGUUUAAAUAAUCAGAAUGACAACAAUGGGCUACAAACAGUUAACAGCAUAAAAAGCAAUGUUCUUGUUGAUAUUUAUAGGAAAUAAUCCUUUUGUUUUGAAAUUAAUAUAUUUGAUCUUGUUGAUUUCAUCUGUGAUUUAUCCUUUAGCCAAUUUGUUAUAAUCGUAGAUAUUAAUUAGUUUUAGUGUUUUGUUAUAAAUUGAGAAUUACAAGCUUGGUAUAUUUAUCGUGUGAAAUAUAUUGUUAGACUAUUUUUCUGUGUGAUUAAUCCAUAGUCUGCGCAGGUUCUGUUUGAACUGAACACUACAGUCAAAGUUAAUUGUUAUGCAUAAUAUUAUUGGAUAUUUAUCCUUUUCAAGUCAUUUUAAACAAAUGAAAAGAACCCUCUAACAUGGAAGUGUUAAGUUUUAGUUUGUUGUUCAAGUUUCAAAUGUUGAUGGGAAUGAUUUGGAUGUCUGUCAGAUGUUACUGCUCUUUGCUUAAUCAAUGAAGGGAGAAAUUAUUGAAAUAACAUUUCCCAGUUUAGUCAAUACAUAUUAAUUGAGAUAUUUUGCUUCAGAAGCAAUAGGUUUAUUUAAAAAUAACAAUUAUUGUUAAAUAAAAAAGGGUGUUUUAAGAUUCUGCUGAAAUAGAACUAAUUCCUUUUUUGAACCAGUUACUGCUUAGAAAAUAAGUUAAAAACAAAAAUACUGCCUGACAGUUGAAUUCAUGGAUCUGCAGGGUGCGGUUAAUAUCGGCAGGUGGAAGAUUUGACCAGGGGCCAGUCUGUGACGUCAUCACUCACUGCUGACCUGUUUGUAGAUAUCGCACAUUGACAAAUACACAUAGAGCAUGAACUGCGUGUGCUCUUAUGUCACAUGCCACCGCAGACCCUAUGCAGUUGAAAUGGAUUCUUCCAUUGCAUGUGGAACACCUGUUGUCUCAGAACGCAGUGUUCACAUACAGUUAAGUAUGUUUAGUAGUGUGAGAAAAUAUUUCUUCUUCAGUGGCAAUAAGUAAUGAUAACGUUUUCACUCGAAUGAGUUGAUCUACUGUUGAUUAUCCUGCCUUGUUUCAGUGUGGAUACAGUAUUGUUUAGUGAGAAUCGUUUCAAGAGUGGUAUUGUUACAUUAGUCGUUGAUUGAGCCUUCAGUCUCGAUGUGCAGACUCCGCUUGGAUGGAUUGUGUAUGGUGGAAUAAAAUGGUAACAUCU